CCCCGAACGGUGCCGGAAUGGAUGGGGCAGCCCUGAGCCCGCGCCCACCCGGGAUGUGCCUGGACCCCCAACCCGUGUUUUUUGCAGCCAGCGGUGUCACGAGUUGCACGGGUCUCAGCCCCAAAGCCCCUUUGAGGCCCAUCCUUACCGCUAACCUCUCCCCUUCCCCUGCCACGAGAUGCUGCCACCCCCAAGGUGCAGGGAUCCCAGCCUGGGGUCAGGAUUUGGGUACCUGUGGAUCUUGCUUGGGUUUCAUUUGGGCCGCAUGCAUCUUAUUUGGAGUCAGGGUGUAGGGACCCCUGACAUCACAGGUGGAUCAGGAUGUGGGUGCCUGCGUCAUGCUUGGGACGUGGGAGCCCUGCACGGAGCUUAGGGGCAGAGGAUGAGAAAACCCUGUUAUGGUGAUGUGGUGAUGAGUUUGGGACAUGGGGACUUUGCACUGGGGGGCAGGGUCUGCAUUUGGGGACACUUGCACAAUGCUCCUGGAUCCCAACCCUUGCACUGAGGCUGGGCCGUGGGGACCCUCGCACGGUGCUUGGGGUGAGGUUGCAGUUGGGAGCCAGGAGCCUUUACUGGGGUAAAGAUCUGGGAACUUCUGUGAUGGGGUCAGGAUUUGGGAACUUCUGCAUCGGGGCGAGGAUUUUGGGACCUCUGCAUUGGGGUAAGGAUUUAGGAAGCUGCUGCCAUGAAGAAGAAGAUGACAGCCAACGGGAGGGGGCCGGAUCCGGCACCACCACCCCCUCGUAGCCGGGGCAUCGCCAAGGCAGCAGAGUACGUGGGUUCCUUCAUGCUGGAGGAGAUGGAGCUGCAGCAGCACGCAGGGCAGCUGGAGGAGCAGCUGCGGGCACUGCAGGAUUGCCCCAGGAGGAAGCCUGUGGUGCUCAGGUUCAGCUUGCAGGGACUGAAGGUCUACGGAGCCGACGGGGAGAUGCUGCUGAUGGCGCACGCGCUGCGCCGCAUCCUGUACAGCACCUGCCUGCACGCCGAGCGCCAGUUCGCCUUCGUGGCCCGCAACCCUCGCAGCCCCCCCAGCUCACUGUUCUGCCACCUCUUUGUGGGCCCCCCGGGCGAGGUGCACGUGCUGCACCUGCUGCUGUGCCGCUCCUUCCAGCUCUGUUACCUGCAGGCGCACCCUGAGCUGCAGGCGGCUGAGCCUGACCCCCCCCCGCUGCUGCGGGAGCCCCUCAACCCCGAGGAGGUGUCGCGCAACGUCAACGCGCUGCUGUCCCUGCGGCGCCUGCCUGCCCUCGGACCUCUGGGUGCAGGGCACGUCUUUGCACAGCAUCUGCUCCAAGAGAGACGGGUGGAGGCCGAGGGCCGCGCUGCGGGUUGGCACCCAGGGAACCCGUACUGCUCCCCAGUGCUGGUGCGCAAAAAGGCGAUCCGCAGCAAAGUGCUGCGCUCGGGUGCCUACCGAGACUGCGGGGCUGAGAGUCAACUGCAGCACAGAGAGGGGGCCCCGUCGGGAUGGGAGAGCAGAAGCACGCGAGGCCUGGCGCUGCUCCCUGACACCGAGGCCGCCCUCGCCGAGAGCGUGUGGGCCUUCGCCGGCAUCGCCAGGGCCGGCGGCGUGGCGCUGCUGCGCGGAGACGCGCCGGGAGCCUUCCUGCUGCGCGCCGAGCCCGGCGGCGCCCCGCGCUGGUGCCUGUGGGUGCGCGCGCCCUGCGGAGUCGUGCCGUACUGCGUGCUGCGGACGCGGCAGGGCCGCUUCUGCGUGGAGCACUCCCACGCCGAAUUCUGCUCCAUGCCGGCGCUGCUCGCGCACUACUCGGCAGUACCCGGGGGCUGCUUCUGCCGCCUGAGCGUGGGGCGCCGCAACCCCGGCUACGAGCAGCGGGACGAAGACAGCCCGGCCCUGGUGCAGCACGAGCGCGGUUAGAGCCGACCGCAGCUCCGACCGCACGGAGCCCCACGGCCACCCCGCGAAUAAACAGCUUUGCGCAACCGCGCUGCUCCGGACUCCUCCUUGCAUCCGUCCAGCUGCAGCCCCGCGCUCA